GUAACAUGGCGGCCUCUCAAGGAAGGUUAGCUGGGCUGAGAGGACUUCAUUCAGCAAGAUGUCUCUUGAGGAGCACUGCAAUAACAACUGCAAAGUCUACAGGGACGAAGGGAAUAGGCACUAAAGUUUUUAAAAGGACAAUUAGGACAUCGAUUCCUCUUCAAGAAGGAACCAUCAUAAAAUGGAUGAAGAAUGAAGGUGAUCCUAUCUCUCCAGGAGAUGUUCUCUGUGAGAUAGAAACUGACAAAGCCACCAUUGCCAUGGACAGUGAUGAGGAAGGUAUCUUGGCAAAGAUUAUCAUUCCAGCUGGAAGCAAGAAUGUCAAAAUAAAUCAACUGAUUGCAUUGAUGGUGGAGGAGGGUGUGGAUUAUACACAGGCUGAGGUGCCACUGGAUACAGAAAUUUCUAGAAAAACAGAGGAUGCUGCCCCAGUUGAAGGCACCUCUACUGCUCAUGUUGAUGCUGAAGUGCUGAUGUCACCUGCUGUUAGACUGCUUCUUGAAAAAUAUCACCUGAAUCCCAGGCUCAUUCAAGCAACAGGUCCAAAAGGCAGGCUUCUGAAGGGUGACGUGCUCAGAUAUGUGGCACAGGGAGGGCAGCCUUUUACAAAACCAGACAAGGAAGCUACUCCUACUCAGAAGUUGCCUCCAAAACCCACUCCUACACCUGAGACACCAGUGGCAGUUUCAAAGCCCCAGCCAGUCUCAUCAGAGCCUCCUCCGGUUCCAAAAGGUGGUCAGCAGUUCAUAGACUUACCUAACACUAACAUGCGCCGUACCAUUGCCAAGAGACUGACAGAGUCCAAAGCUUCUGUUCCACAUACAUAUGCCUCAACAGACUGUGUCAUGGACAAUCUUCUGAAAUUAAGGAAGAGUCUCGAAGUGAAAGUUUCGGUGAACGAUUUUAUCAUUAAAGCAGCGGGCUUGGCGUUAAGACGGGUCGCAGAGAUGAAUGCUGUUUGGAACGGUGAAGAAGCUAAACUUGUGAAAGAUGUGGAUAUCUCUGUCGCUGUAGCAACUGAUGCUGGGCUUAUAACACCCAUUGUGAAAACAGCAGACGCACUAAAAAUUGCGGAGAUCUCAACUGUUCUCAAGGAUCUCGCCAGCCGAGCUAGAGAAGGCAAGUUACAGCCGCACGAGUUCCAGGGUGGUUCCUUCACAAUUUCCAACCUUGGAAUGUUUGGUAUCACCGAGUUUUCUGCGGUGAUUAACCCACCUCAAGCUUGUAUCAUGGCUGUCGGUGGAACCCGCCCUGUUUUAACAGCCGACGAUAAAAUACAGAGUGUUAUGACGGUCACUUUGUCAUGUGAUCGACGAAUGAUUGAUGACGAAUUAGCUGCAAGAUGGUUAGAGACAUUUAAACUCAAUAUUGAAAAUCCCUCGAGGCUAUUAUUAUAACACACAUAGCCAGACAAUCGAACCUCAGUGCAGAGGACAUCCUCAGGACUGUAAAUAGUGUCCCCUGAAUAGAAGUGACCGGUGCAAAAUUUUUAUGAACACCAGACAGUGGAACCUUAAUGCAGUGGACUCCCUCAGGACUGUUAAAAAUGUUCCCCAAGACAUAUCCAGUGCAAAAUGUUUUGGAACAUAAAGUGACAUUCGGAGUUGAAUAUGUGAGAUUGCGAAAGAACAAGAAAUUUGAUCAGUGAUAUUGCGACAUUUAAGAAAAUGAAAUAUUAACGAAAUCUCCUGCGGUCUUCUGACUCAAUGAAAAAAGAUUGGGAUUACUUAUGUAAAUAUAUACGGAAUUAUUAUAUUACAGUGAAUUAUAUACUCGUGGGUAUGUUUUA